UCGAGUGCAUCGAGUGCAUCGACAGCGGCGCCAGCCCGGGCGAGGCGGCGGAUCAGGACGAGUACGGUGGCGCAGCGGGCCAAGAAGCCAGUUGCUGACUCGGCCGAGGUCGAGGAGCGCGCGGUGCGUUGGCGAGCGCGGGCUCCUGCUGGAAUGAAGCGGCGGAAGGAGCGGGCGAUGUCCCAGCCGCUGUUUCUCCUCUCGGCGUCGAUCGAUCGCGACGUGCCGCGCGGGGAGUUUGCAGUCACCGGCUCGACUGGCAACGUCUACAACGUGGUCUUUGCCGAGAGGACGACGUGUUCGUGCCCCGACGCGGGGAAGGGCAAUGUGUGCAAGCACGCCCUCUUUGUCGGCAUCAAGGUGCUUAAGAUCCCAUCGCGCUCGCCACUGCUGUUCAACGCCCUGCUUCCGUCCGAGCUCAAGGUGGUCUUUGCCAACCUUGCCAUUGCGCGGCACGUCAUGGCGUCAUCGCAGGCGCAGCAGGCGUACGUGACAGCCGUGCUGGGCGAGGGCGAUGCUGACGGCGACGGCAAUACAAGCGGGGCGCCUGGCGUGACCCGCAAGCCUGUCGACGGCGAGUGUCCAGUUUGCUUUGACGAUCUGGACUCGGAUCCGGUGGUGUGGUGCCGGGGCCAGUGCGGACAGAACCUACACAAGCGCUGCUUCGAGCAGUGGUCGGCGCACGGCGGCAAGGUGUGUGUUCUCUGCCGCGCGCCAUGGCUCGAGACCUCGCUGUCCAACGUCGAGGGCUACAUCAACUUGGCCCCGUUUGAACGACGCGCCCUCACUGCACGGCUCGACCGGUACCGAUCGGCCUACCAGUCCCGAAUCGUUGUCGCAGCGCUUGCCGAGGACCUUGAUGACGUCCUUGCGCGUCCAGCGGUCGAGAACCAGGCCAAGUUGGAGAAGGCCGAGGCCAAGCUGAAGGAAGCUAAGGACGAGCUGAAGGAAGCUAAGGACGAGCUGGAGAGGGCCUACAAUGAGCUCGAGACCAAGCGAAAGCAGGCGGAGGUGGUGCAGGCCCAGUUGCGUGCGGCGCGUGCGUCGCUCGUCCUCGGGCCGGACGUUGCACCUCUCCCGCCUGCUGCGCCGUCGCUCGACUCGCUCGCCGUCGUCGCCGGGGCGUCGAAGGCAACUCGAGAGAUCAUGGACGAGCACUGCGUCUUCCACAACGACGAUGUGGUGGCCAACGCAGGCAAGGACCCGUCGUUUUUCGACGCCGCGUGCGGGAUGGGAACGCUCCGGCAGAGCGUGUGGGAACCCCGGCCGGUCGACGCCAACGCUGUUGAGGCGCUCAAAGUCGACCUGGCGCGGCUGGUGGCGAGGCCGUCGGGCGACUGGAUCGGUGUCGUGGGCAGCGUGGCGUCGGCGUCCCGCAACGUACACCUGGAGGAGACGCACAACGCGGUCCUCUCGAGCCAUCUCUGCCGCCGCGAGAUGCUGCGUGAGGCGCAUGUCUCCGGCCUUUCUGAGGCGUUGGAGAACGCGGCUUGCGCUGUGCGGCGCGAUGCGAGCAAGAUUGAGGAGGCCAACGAGGAUGGCAAGUCGCAGGUGCUGUUGCACUCGCGUGAGGACGCCUACCCUUUGAGUUCGCAGGCGGACAUUGAGGCACGGACAUCUGUUGCGGCGCUCACCGCGACGUACUUUGCGGUCGAGGCGCAGUCACCGACGUUUUCGGGCAACCCCGUCGACUUUGCGGCGAGCCUCGUGUACCACGGCGUCCGGCUUCGGCUCGCGAUGUUCGAGCCCGGUAACUCGGCCAAGGAGCACCAGGCCGCCGCGUACGCGCUCAACACCUUCCGUUCGCUCUACGGCCUGCCGCCGUUUGUCACGCUCCUCGCCCUCCACGGGCGGUUCAUCUCGUCGCGCGACGAGUCGGUGCCGAAGAGGCUGUACCUCGUCUGA